GUGCGGUGCCACAGGGUGGGAAGCUGUCAGGAGGCGGGUAGCAGCGCCGCCGCCGCGGCCCUGGGAACGGCGGCGAUGAGGCGGGACGUGCGCAUCCUCCUGCUGGGGGAGGCCCAGGUGGGGAAGACCUCCCUGAUCAUGGCCCUGGUGGGUGAGGAGUUCCCGGAAGAGGUGCCGCCUCGUGCAGAAGAGAUCACCAUCCCAGCGGACGUCACCCCCGAGAAAGUUCCCACGCACAUUGUGGACUACUCAGAAUCAGAGCAGACGGAGGAGGAACUCCAGGAGGAGAUUGCCAAGGCCAACGUGGUGUGCAUGGUGUACGACGUCACGGAGGAGGCCACCAUUGACAAGAUUCGGACAAAAUGGAUUCCGAUGGUGAACGGUGGAGCUGAAAAGUGUUCCAGGAUCCCCAUCAUCCUUGUGGGAAACAAGUCUGACAUGCAGAACGGGAGCUCCAUGGAAACCAUUUUGCCCAUCAUGAAUCAGUUCUCGGAGAUCGAGACCUGUGUGGAGUGUUCUGCAAAGAACCUGAAGAACAUCUCUGAGCUCUUCUACUAUGCCCAGAAGGCUGUCCUGCACCCAACAGCCCCUCUGUAUGACCCAGAGGAGAAGCAGCUGCGGCCGGCGUGCGCACGAGCGCUCACUCGGAUUUUCAACAUGUCUGACCAGGAUAACAACCAGAUCCUAAGCGACGAGGAGCUGAACUAUUUCCAGAAGUCCUGCUUCGGAAACCCGUUGGCUCCACAGGCUCUGGAGGACGUGAAAAUGGUGGUCUGGAAGAACACAACUGACGGGGUCCAGGACAACGGCUUGACGCUGAACGGCUUCCUUUUCCUCAACACGCUCUUCAUCCAGAGGGGGCGCCAUGAGACCACGUGGACCAUCCUGCGUCGCUUCGGCUACGACGACGCGCUGGAGCUGACAGACGACUAUCUCUGUCCACCGGUCCGGGUGCCCCUUGACUGCUCCACGGAGCUCAAUCACGUUGGCUGCCAGUUCCUGCAGAAGAUGUUCGAGAAGCAUGACAAGGACCGUGACGGAGCCCUUUCUCCUGCCGAGCUGCAGAGUUUCUUUAGCGUGUUCCCCUCCGUGCCCUGGGGACCCGAGCUCUACAACACGGUAUGCACCACUGAUAACGGCCUGCUUUCCCUGCAUGGAUUCCUCUGCCAGUGGACGCUGGUGGCCUAUCUGGAUGUCCAUCGCUGCCUGGAGCACCUGGGCUACCUGGGCUAUCCCAUCUUCUCCGAGCAGGACUCUCAGAUCCGCGCCAUCACAGUUACACGGGAAAAAAAGAUUGACCUGGAGAAGGGCCAGACGCAUCGGAACGUUUUCCUGUGCAAAGUGAUCGGAUCCCAGGGUGCCGGCAAGUCCGCGUUCCUGCAGGCCUUCCUCGGAAAGAACUUGGCUGCCCAAAGUGAACCCAGGGGGAAGGAAUCCUCUUACUCAAUUAACACAGUGCAAGUCAACGGGCAGGAAAAGCAUUUAAUACUGCACGAGAUCGAUGCUGGCGCGGAGUUCGUGAAGGCGUCCGACGCGUCUUGUGACGUUGCUUGCUUAUUGUACGAUGUGACGGACCACAAGUCUUUCAACUACUGUGCCAGUGUUUACAAGCAGCACUACGUGGACGGACAGAUCCCUUGCCUCUUUGUGGCCUCCAAGGCAGACCUGCCAGAGACGUCGCUGCAGCGUGGCCUGUCACCGGCCGAGUUCUGCUACAAGCACCGCCUGCCGCCACCGUUUUACUUCACCUGCAGCGGACAAGGCCUGCCCAGCCCCGGCGUCUACACCAAGCUGGCCGCGGCUGCCACCUUCCCGCACCUGAAUGACAUUGACCUGGGCACCGCGUCCUUCUGGAUCCGGGUGGCCUUGGGAGCGACCGUGGCCGCCGUCGUGGGAAUCACCGUCUACAAGGCGAUGGCGAAGAACAAGUAGAGGAGGAAGGGAAACGGAACCCUCUUUCUCUCCCUUUUUUGCCCUCUGCCGUUUCUCCACCCAAUUCCAGAAAAUAACCAGUUUCAUUUGCCCCGAGCAAGCUACACAUCCGGGAAGGAAAGGGGCAGGAGGAAGAAAACGGGUCCCGGAACACCAAAACCCCUCUCAUUUUCCUCUCCUCUCGUUGCGGGGAGGUCCCAAACCGUUGCACCAGCAUACGCAGGAAUCGACACAGAGCCCUCCGACAGGCCCGGGCGAGCCUCGCUUUCUCAUUCCAUCCCUUCGAAAUUAUAUAUUUCCACACUCAGGGAGUGCUUCCCCACGCCGACGCUAAUAGCUUCGGGUGCCCUGUAGUCCCACUUGCAAUGCUAAGACGUAUCUCAAGCGCGCGCACGCUUCGCUUCAUGCCCCAUCUGGACGCCUUCAGAGUCUGAAGCUGUUGCAGCCUCACAGCAGAAACGGAUCUCUUUUUAAAGCCUUCCCUUCAAGAGGGAAGCCCAGACUCAAGAUAUGGGGCUCAAGGGAAGCCGGGUGCACCGUCCGGUCCCUGGGGCUGCAGCAACAGGACUGCCCCUCUUUUCGGUAUCCUGUUCUAUGGUGGUUCCAUGUGUCUACUGUUACCAUCGUGGGAGAGCCCAAAGGCUUCUGGGAUGCUUUCGAGGGCCGUUCCUAGCAGGGCCUCUGUUGGGACGUCACUGGCAAAGGAUGAAGACCCCUUGAAGAAGAGGCGGGAGGAUGGCACGGCGCGCCUGCCGGUAUUAACGUUACCCUGCUGUGCGUUUGGGGCCGUGUCCCCCUCUGUGUGGUUUUCCUGGGCUCUGAUUACUCUAGCAACCUGGGAGUUCCUCGUAGGCCGGGGCCACUGCUCUGCACCAGGGCCUGAAAAGACGCAGGUGAAACCGACCGAGGGGACCUAAAGGUGGUGGAGGGACGUGAGGCAGGUGCGAAGCAACUCCCGAGCUUGUCCGGUUGGCUGCUGUCCACAGCGUCCCCUUUCCCUGCUUUGGGUCUCUCGGCCUAUGCAGGUAAUGACGAAGAGGCAACAUUUGUGGUAGAGAAGAGGGAGCGUGACUCAGACUUCCGACUUCCAAGAGUAUUUUGGGGCUAGUUGUAGUUUUUUCCCCCUGGCUCUGCUUUUGUGUCUUUGCAGCCUGACUCAAGGAAGCUGGUGAAGGGGUUCACCUCCCUCCCUCCCUCCCCCC